AUGGCCGUUGAAGAAGAGAUGGAGAGAGAAGAGCAAUCGAUAUGUGCUGUUGAUUUGAAGUUGCCUGGUUGCACUACUGCUUCUGCCUCCGCUGCACCUUCACUUGAUGUCGCGUGCAAGCAAAAAAACGCGAAAGACAUGAGUAUUAAACUAAUGAAACAACGCUGGCUAAUGGAAGAAGUUGACGAGAAAAAGGACUCAACUGAAAUAGUCGAUAUGGAUGUCGAUGAAAAGGACGAAUAUGAAAUUAUUUCGGAGAUGGAAAAACCUUCAAAUUUUCUCACACAAAGAGAUGUGGAGAAUGAAGAGCCGGAGACUAUUGGAAUUAAUAUGCACAGUUCAGGAAAUAUUGCAAGUUUGGAAGUGAAAAAGCCUUCAAGAUGGGAUGUCGGAGCACCAUUUUGCAUACAAUUAAAUGAUGCUUUGACAUCGAACACAAAUGAAACCGUUGGAAAAAAAUGUACAACUGGUUUGGAUGAAGCGCGCAGCGGAGCUUAUGACAAAAAAACUGGUGAAAAUGAAAGGAAAAAAAUUUCUAUAAAUGAGAUGUUGAAGAUUGCUAGUACGAAAAUAGAAGGAUGUAUUAGCCAAAGUAGUAACUGUGUUGACCUAUCACUGGAUAAAAUAGCACCUCCGUGUGAUCCUUGUGAUAUAGCUUUACCGCCUGAACCAUCUGAGCUAAGUGGUAAUGCUAGCUGUGCAGUAUCUCGCAUUACGGAGGAUGACGUUGCUUCCGAAGCUGUGCUGGACAAGGGAAAAGUGAUAAUUAAAUGGAAGUUCACGAAAACAUCAAAAGAACUUCCUACCGGAGAUGUGAAGAUUUGGGAGCCAGAGGUUAAGUUACGCGAAUUGUCGAAAUUAUAUUCUGAAGAACAGGCAAAGUCAACAAUAAGAUAUACGGAGACUUCAGUGGAUGUAAGAUCUGUUGCUGGGAGUUUAGAGUGUGAUACAGGCAGAGAUUCGUUACACGCCAAGUCUUUAAAUCAGCAAUCUACAGACCUUGGAGAAAUAGUCUUCACAUGCUCUCCAAAACCGAAAUCGAAUAUUCAAUUACAAGAUAAUACUACUUCAUCAAUCGAACAGAAGAAAUCAGAUUAUAUAAUGCAUGAAGUGCAGUUUUUAGAAAAUCAGUGUGUAAAGCAAGAGGCAGCAUCGCAGAAAACAAGUGAAGGGCAGUCAAUGUUAAACAAGAAUUUUGGAUCAAACUGCAAUAGUGUUGCAGAAACUGUACUAUUCUGUCCAAAGCUUCAAUAUGAUCACAAUUUGGAAAUGAAUUCUGUAGCUUUAGUAGAUAAUGAAACUACGACAGUUGCAGAAUCCAAUGUUCAAAGAACAGUCGCAUCGUGGUUUGCGAUGCAUUUUCCACAGGAGCUUCAGUUAAACGAAUCGAAGUUACCAUCGGAACCAAUAUCAUUUCCUCAGCAACAGUGGAGGAUGGAUGCUUGCAAAAUUGAAACAAAUGGAGAAGGUGAACAGGAAUCUUCAAUAUCCUCUGUUUCGUCAGCAACAUCGAUUUCCAUGUAUUCCUUUAAUUCUCCGAAAACACUUUCUUCAUUAGAUCAUGGCCAUCUACGAACUGCUGAAGGACGGAAACAAAUCUCAGAAAAUGCUGACACUGUAAACAUACCUACUGAUUCAACUAGUUUGAUAAACGAAGAAUCGUUACUACCGGAAGCUGCGUUGACUCUGGAUGAUGAUGAAAGAGAACUUGAUAUACCAACAAUACAAGUUCCCCUAAUGCAGCUAAAGCCAACCGUUCAACCUCCGCAAUAUGAACAUUUGGAUGAAAAUAUUAUACUUUGUGAUGAAAGCCUAAUUAAAGAGGCUAAGGUUGUUCGUUGUUUCUGUGAGCCGACAUCGCUGGAAAUAGCGGAAGGUCGUGGUUGCGUUUCCGGUUGCAUCAAUCGAGAACUCUACACAGAAUGUGGAUCACGGUGUCCAAGUGGAGUAGGAUGCGCCAAUAGGCGGUUUCAUAAUAAACAAUAUGCGAAAGUGGAAGUAUUCAAUGCAGGUGUGAAAGGUUGGGGAUUGAGAGCUGCGGAACCACUUGAACCGUAUGUUUUACCAAGUUCUUUUAACAAUCAUUUUUUUGUCAGCAAUGCCGAAGAUAAGGCAAGUGUUAUUUAUUUUUAUUUUCGUCAUACUCACUCAGUUUCUGAAAAUUUCAGUGGUCGUUUCAUUAUUGAAUAUGUUGGUGAGGUUAUUGAUGCUGACGAAAUGAUACGUCGUGGAAGAAGGUAUGGUAAAGACCCGAAACAUGUGCAUCACUAUCUUAUGGCGCUAAAAAACGGUGCUGUGAUAGAUGCAACUGCAAAAGGGAAUGUUUCACGAUUCAUAAAUCAUUCGUGUGAUCCGAAUUGUGAAAGCCAGAAGUGGACAGUUGAUCGCCAAUUGAGAGUGGGUUUCUUCGUGAUCAAGUCAAUUGCCUUGGGAGAAGAAAUCGUUUUUGACUAUCAGCUCGAGCGUUACGGGCGGAAAGCACAGCGAUGCUUUUGUGGUGCUGCAAAUUGUAGAGGUCGAAUAGGUGAUGAUAGUGAAAGCGAAGAAGGAGAGGAGGACAAAAUCAGUGAUGAAGCCGAAGUUGAAGAAAGUGAUACGGAUGAUGAAAUCCCAAUGGCCAAACGUAAAUUCAAAUCAGAAAAAAAGGAAAAAAGUUCACGCAUUGCCAAAAAAAGGAAAAGACAACCAUCAGCUAAACGUUGCAAUAAGGCAAUAGUGAAUGCUUUGUCACGCGGACCUCCUCGAAACCGUACUCAAGUUCGUGAUCUCGUCCGAUUAAUGGUACAAGUGGAACAAGCACCACAGCGUUCCUCUCUAAUACAAUGUAUCCGAUUUGCGCAUCCUGAUGUAUUACGGCUUUUCAUUCAAGAAAGUGGUCUGAGGCUUUUAUAUGUGUUCUUAGCUACCGAUUAUCCGAUUGAUGAUGAGAAGUCUGUUCUGCAGUUGCAAAUCAAAUCACUUGAUUUGCUAGAUGUUAUGCCUAUUGUGAACAAGAAUCAAAUUAUCGAUAGUCAUUUAGCUUCAACUGUGGAAAAAAUUGCUGGCAAAAGAGGUCCGGUAGAUGAAGUUGUGGAAGAUGUCGUAGGGAGAUUAGUAGAUGCAGUCUGUUGUGAUGUACCUUCUACUUCCAAGUGUUCAGCUUUAACACUUUCAAAAGAUCCGGAUCCUGUAAUAGAAAGUUUGCACUAUGAAAUGGUUUCAAAAGCUGCGAAAUUAAUGGGAAAGUGGCGGGAUUUGCGCGAAGAAUAUCGAAUCCCUCGCCGGGAACGCACAGAUCCUGUUCAUACGCAACAUGAUAUUAGUCGUUAUGUGCGAAAGAUUGAUGAGGAUGAAAAGAGCAAACGAGUUAUAGUAGACAAGAAGGACGAUGGCAGUACACUAUGGAGAUUGAAUGGAUUUGGACCGCCACCCAAAAAGCGAUGUUUUGACCGACGUCGUUUCUCUAAACCUGAUUUACCAAUUUUCGUCAAAGACUUGACGCAUCUGGAAAACGAGGAUUUCAAGCAAUCGCCAGUAACUGUAACUGACUUGUCGCGUAUUAAUGAAGAUGAUGAAUGUGAAAACAGACCGAAAAGGCGUCGUUCACGGUUUGAUAUUGUUGGUGAAAGAAAUCCAAGUUCAAUGUAUGAAUUGUAUGCUACAGAUUGUGACUUCUACGCUCCUCCACCCCCAAAGCUUCUUCCUGAAGCAUUAUUUGCUGCUGGUUUACCAGAUUCAAUAAAUUUUUCAUAUAGCGAGCGUCCAUUCCCGGAAUUUUUCGACUGGAACGCCGUAUAUGCAAAAUAUGAUCCAUCUUCUGCUGCUUACCAGCAGUUCAUUGACUAUUAUCAACAGCAACAAUAUCCUAUGAUGGGAAUGCUAUUAACUCCGCAGAGCACGGCAGAAAUAACGAAUAUCUUAGAAGCACCUUCUCCACCACCACCAAAACUACCCAAAACACCAGAAGAGAAUCCAAACAUGCUUACAAUUGGUCCGAUCGAUAUGGAAAACCCAACAGAUGAAGAUAUUGAAAUGCUCGAGAAACAUUUGGUAACGCUCAGGGCAAAACGGGCAGAAAUCAGAAAACGUUUACAAGAGGCACAAAAGAGGGAAUCAAAUGACAUGAGUGGUGUGCCACCACCUCCUCCACCUUCACAAACUAAACAAUCUUUAUGGAUACAGGCUACGACGGAGGAAGGAGCUGUUUAUUAUUACAAUAGAGAAACCAGGGAAUCGGUCUGGACUUUGCCCGAUGAAUCUGAAGGUGGAAAUGCUUCAGCUGACACUACAACGGAUCGCAUUGAUACGCGUGCAACAUUCAAAGUUGAGAUAGUGAAAUAUGUCGGAGGCAUGUUAGAACCAAUUCGAAAGCUGAAAUUUGCAUCAGCUGAUGAUUAUAAAUAUGUUUUACGAAAACUGACACACACGAUAUUAGAGAAAGAAUUGAAACGAGUCGGUGAAACAGAACUUAAAGUCACAGAAUCAGUACGAGAUAAAGCACGGAAGUUCGUGGCGGAAUAUCUGGCACGACUCGGUGAUGGCCAAUACUCACGAAAGAAUAAAAGAUUCCGGGUACUCUCUAUAGUCACGAAAAGGCUUAUGAAUCGAGUGAAAAUACGUCGUAUUUUCCCACGAAACAAAUUUUAUAUAGGGUUAUUAAUGGACUGGAAAGAGAGUGUAAAUGACCGAAAUUUUCGUUCUGUUUUAUGCCGAGCAUUAAUCAAUUUGAAAGCAUAUCCUUUGGAUAUUGCUACAUUUACAGAUCUCAAAAAUAUUCGAGGUGAUCACUUAUUCUUCUAUAUAGGAGCCAUGCCUUCUUUGAUUACAAUACCUGGUCAAAUAAGGCAGGCACUAAAAGAUGCAUGUAUUGGUGAUCAAAUAGCUCGAAAGCUUGAGGAAGCAUGGAAUGUAUUUUGCUCACAAAAUUUGACUAUACCAAGUUUGAAACAAAUCGAUCAGAUGAAAAAAGGGGAAUUCUUACAAUUUCUCAAUCGUUCAUGUUUUCUAGAAAAAAAAUCUGAACCAUCUCAAGCUGGGGAAGCGUUGCAUGCGGAUAAUGUUAACUUUAUCAAAUCAAGGAAUGUCAAAGAUUUGACUCAGUGUUUGGAUGUUGAGAAUAUGAAGCCGAGUCAUAGCCGCAUACGUAAACGCUUUAUUAGGACAGCUCAACCACUACAAUUAUCGAAGAAAGCGCUGGAAAUCGAAGAUAUUAGCGGUUCGUCAUUGAUCAUAAAUGAACCGUGUUGCGGAGAAGUACAAGUUGUCCGAAGACCUGCUGCACUGAAUGUUAAAAUGAUGGAUUAUGUAGCUGAAGACGUUGGACGGACUAGUCUAACUGCCGAGGAUGAUAAAUUGGAACAAGUUUGCACUUUAUCGCAGGAAUGUGAUGACAGCAUUAUUUACCAUCCUUCUACAUUUAGUACUGCUCAAAUAAUACUGAUUAUUGAUAAUCGAGAAAGUGCCAAUGCUAGGAAAUUCCAGCAGAUGUGCAACUUGUUCCAAAGAAAGAAGAUUCUUUAUGAAAUGCGUUCAUUAUCCGUUGGUGAUUACUUAUGGAUAAUGCGUAUGUGUGACGGUACAGAAAUGGUGCUUGACACCAUUGUUGAGCGGAAGACACUUGACGAUCUAUGGUAUGAAGAGCAGAAGCAACGUUUGAUAUCAGUCGGUAUUCCAAACAUAGUUUAUAUUUUGGAAGGGUCUACGGUUUCCGAGCCUGCUCUUGAACAAGCACUUGUUACUACUCAUCCGAAUUGCAGAUUUUUGAUUUAUUGUACCAGCGAUGUGGAGCAUACGUCACUCGUCUUAUUUAAAAUUUCGGAACGUUUAAUAAAAAAAGCAACUAUCAAAGAGCUCACGGGGAUGAGUUUUGAGAAAUUCCAAAAAACGUCGAAAAAAACUCAGUCCCGUAGCGUCAAAGAUGUCUUCUUGCGGCAGCUUGUCGUAUGCCCGCAGAUCAGCGUACAGAAAGCAUCACUUAUUGUUGAUCGAUUUCCAUCCUUUGCAGCACUCGCAGGUUUUUACGCUUCCCUUCCAAAGCAACACCGAGCAACAGCUCUCUCCGAAAAGCUGGGUAUAACCAAAGGUGCCAGUGCAAAUUUAGCGAAAUUUUAUUCCGAAGUUUGA